CCGGGGCAUGGGAGGCUCCGUCCCGAGGGCGGGGCUCCGCCGUUUCGGUUGAUGGCGGCGGCGUGCCGGUGGUCUAUCCCGCGCCGCACUACGGCUGUCGGUCCUAUCCUUUUCCGCCGGGUGCACCUCCCGCGCACAGGGACGGCGGUCGUUUCCCUACUUUCCCGCUGUGUCUAUGCCCCAACACAGCAUGGAGAACUUCGUUUUGUAUGAGGAAAUUGGAAGAGGAAAUAUGACAGUUGUUUAUAAAGGAAGAAGAAAGGGGACAAUUAAUUUUGUUGCCAUUGUUUGCAGUGAUAAACGCAGGAGAAAUGGAGUAGCAAACUGGAUUCGUCUGACUCGGGGACUCACACAUAAGAAUAUAAUGACAUUUUAUGAAUGGUAUGAAACAAGCAGCCAUCUCUGGCUUGUAGUGGAAUUAUGCACAGGUGGUUCUCUAGAAUCUGUCAUUGCUCAGGAUGAAUGUCUACCAGAAGAUGUGGUGAGAGAAUUUGGUGUUGAGCUGGUUACUGGUUUAUACCAUAUUCAUAAGCAUGGGAUUAUCUAUUGUGAAUUGAAGCCUGGAAAGAUUCUGUUGGAGGGGUCUGGCACUUUGAAAUUCAGUAGUUUUUGCUGGGCUAGAGCAGAUGGUGAAGACUCGAAAAAAGUUUUUGGUUUAGCUGGAGCUGAAGAAGAUGAAAAUAUUAAUGAAAGCACUCCAGAAAGAUACUUUAAAAAUACAGUUCAAGGCUUUCCAUUUUACACAGCUCCUGAAGCAAUAAAGGGAGACAAUUUCUGCAAAGCCAGUGAUCUGUGGUCCCUGGGAUGUUUACUCUAUGAAAUGUUCUCAGGAAAACGGCCAUUCUUGUCAGAAAGCCGUUCGGAAUUAAUUGAAAAGAUUUUAUCUGAAGAUCCAUUGCGACCAGGGCCAGAGGGUUCUGCUUUUCACAAACCGUCUGCUGAGUUCAUCAGUUUGCUUGAUGGGUUACUUCAAAAGGAUCCUCAGAAAAGGCUGAAUUGGACAGACCUAUUGCAGCAUCCAUUCUGGAAAGGAUCCCUUAGCCAUUGUGGUGGUGAUUCUGCAGACAGACAGGGCACAAACUUAAGCAGAGAAGACACAGAGUCAUCAAUUUCUUGGAGUGCCAAAGAGUCAGUGGAUGCUCAUAACAAUCUGGAUAACCUGUCAAUCUCAAGGGCAGGUCUUAAACCAUCAAGCAAUUCUUUCAAAAUAGAAACUCAGACUGAGUUGCGCCCCAAAAGUGUAGUUGAUGGUGAAUCAAAUGAAUCUAUAUUUCUUCUCAGUUCUCGUCCCACGCCUAGAACUAACUCUGCAGUAGAAGUACGUGCUACUACUAUCCCAAUCAAAAAUUCUUCACAAGGAGAUUCGUGCUCGAAAAAAGCUGAAAAUGUGUGCUCAAGUCAGCAGGAUAUGGAGUCCAAAUUGAAGGACCUCAUUUACACUGAAUCUGAUCUUAUUGUGACACCAAUCAUUGACAAUCCAAAGAUAAUGAAGCAUGUACCAGUUAGAUUUGACCCAAAAACUUUACAUAUACCAGCACAUUCAGUUGAGAAGCUGUCAUCUAUGAAAGACAUGGAGUGGAAUAACUUCUUGAAAAGAGUGUGUUCCCUGCUUGAUUCCAGUGAGAAGAAUACAGGAGCAGCACGUUCUAAACUGAACUUACUGUACUACCUAUGCACUUUAGUUGUCCACAAGGAGAUUGCAAACAGGCUAAUUAGCUCUCAGCUGUUCCCUAUAUUGAUACAGCAGUUGCGUGCAGCCAACAACUGGGAUGUACGUGCUAAUGUUGCUCGAGUGAUUGGUUUACUGGCAUUACACACAUCUGAACUUGGAGAAAAUGUACCUGUUUCUGAGGCAAUUACACUUUUAACUGAACUAAUCAGAGAGAACUUCAGAAACAGCAAAUUGAAGCAAUGUUUCUUACCAGCACUUGGGGAGCUGCUUUACCUCAUUGCCAGCAAGGAGGAAAAAGGGGAGCACCCCAGGGAAUGCUGGGCUGUUCCCUCAGCUGCUUACACUGUGCUAAUGAGGUGUCUUCGGGAAGGGGAAGAGCGUGUAGUGAACCAUUUAGCUGCAAAGAUAAUUGAAAAUGUUUGUACUACUCGCUCAUGCCAUGCACAAGGAUUUAUUACAGGAGAAAUUGGACCUGUCUUGUGGUACCUUUUCACACAUUCUACAGGAGAUUCUUUGAAGAUAACUCCUGUUUCGGCUUUAUGCAGAAUUACUCGUUCCUCACCUAAUGCUUUCCAGAGUGUCAUUGAAAAAGUGGGAUUAACAGCUGUACUAAAUUCCUUGGCAAAUGGAAUAUGCAAAAUUCAGCAGUAUAUGCUCACUAUGUUUUCAGCGAUGUUGUCAUGUGGGAUUCAUCUACAGAGGCUAAUUCAAGAAAAGGAUUUUGUGACUACAAUUACUCGUCUACUUGAAAGUCCUUCAACUUUUAUUCGAGCAAAAGCCUUUCUGGUCUUGCUUCAAGUUUUAAUUAAUAACAGGGAGAUGUUGCUCCUCAGUUGUCAAACAAGACUCAUGAUGUAUAUUGAAAGAGACAGCAGAAAGACCAUGCCAGGAAAAGAGCAGCAAGGUGGCAGUGAAUACCUGUCAAAAUGCCUGGAUCUUCUCAUCUAUCACAUUGUGAGGGAGCUGCCAGGAAUUCUAGGUGACAUUCUCAGUGCCCUAACUAAUGUCGCAGGACGUAAACACCCAUCAACAGUUCAGGCCAAACAGCUGAAGAUGUGCCUUCCUAUGAUGCCUGUGGUGCUUCAUCUUGUGACAUCCCAGGUAUUUCGUCCCCAGAUAGUCACAAAGGAGUUUCUUUUCAACUAUGGCAUCUUACUUGAGUUCAUCAGAUCAGUAGAUUCAGGAGAAACAAACUUGGAUAGAGCAAUAGGGCAAGCUGCAUCAGAAGAAUUGAUUAAGACUACUUUAUUGACCUUUGAAGCACUAACAGAACAUCCCAGCUUGCUGAUGACCCAUCGCUUGACUGUUGAAGACUCUAUCCUCCCACCACUUGUUUCUUUGGUCCACAGUCAGAAUGUGGAAUGGAGACUCUUCAGCUUGCGGUUGCUCUCAGAAACCACAUCUCUGCUUUUAAGCCACGAAGUCAUGGCUGAGGAGAAAGGGGAGAGCCUCAACUCAAACAACAAGCUUCUGUCUCUCAUUAGAGAUUUACUGCUGCCUCAGUAUGAGCACCUUCUGCUGGCUCCAGACCCUGUGCCAAUGUAUGCUCUAAAAUUGCUGGUGGCCCUGACUGAGCGCAGCCCUGCUUCCGUGAGCUUCAUGGAAGAAAUCCAUCUUUUUCCAGUUCUUUUUCAAGUCAUCUUGAGAUACCAGGACAGUAUACUUGGGAAUACAAUGCAAACUGUAAUUGCCUUACUGAAUAAUAUCGUUGCUAACAAAAGUAUGAACAUGAUGAUACUCUUUGAAGAAGGACUGGUUCAUCACGUCUGUAAUCUCUUAAUAAAAGCUAUGGCCCUGUUCUUGGAGGCAGAUGAUAAAAGGAGCACCAAGACAGCAAAUGUGCUGCUCCUGUCCUUACUUGACAUUUUACAAUGCAUGUUGAUGUAUACAGCAAACAUUGUGCGCCAGACCCUGCAGGCACAGAAAUCUGGUGCAGGAGGGGACACGCAGGCUGCUGAAGACCUUCUGCUUAUCAAUAAACCCCUGACGGACCUGAUUAGUCGACUUAUUCAACUGCUUCCCAAUGAAGAUACUGAAAUAUUUUUGAAUGCCUCACAGUGCUUAUUAUUGCUGGUUCAGCUGUAUGGAGGGAACAAUCAGGACAGUAUGUCUCCAGAAAACAUGGACAGCUUUGCUGAAGUCCUGAAGUCCAAAAAAGAUACACGAGAACUUAAGCUUUUGUUGAAAAUUGUAAAGAGACUGAUAACUUCAAACAAGAAGCACUCAGAGAGCCUGAAGAAUGAUGGUGAUGCUCUUAUCCAGGCUCUAGAGAGCCUGACCGAAACUGCCAGCUCUCACGUUGACGUUGCUUCCUUGGCAUCUGAAAUUCUGAGAACGGUGGGACGUGAAAAUAUCAAGACUCCCAAGUGAACCAUUUUUGACCAGCCUUGUGAAAUGUGCAGGUAGUGUACCCUGCUCAGCACUUUGGUCCUGCAGGAACACCUUCAGAUGAGCUGAGCAGAUGUAACUCAUUUAGCAAUCUGAACUGCAGCAUAUGCAGAAUUUGGGCUGGCUCAGGAAGGGAGGGAAGCUGGUUUGGGGCGGGGGAGG